AUGGAAGAUUGUAAUUUGUUUGACGGAGAAUGGGUUUUUGAUAAUAAAACUCAUCCUUUAUAUAAAGAAAAUGAAUGUGAAUUUCUGGAAGAUUGGAUUCUUUGUAUCAGAAUUGGAGAUGGCAGCCUAGAGAUUGUCAUUUGCCCAAGAUUUAAUAUUUCUAAUGGAGUUGAUGAGGAAAGACGAGGAUCGUUCGAUGAAGGAUCAACGGCAUAUGAUGAAAUUGAAUUGCCAAUAGCAUAUGAGAGAACAUUGAAGACAUGGGCUAAUUGGGUAGACAACAAUGUUGAUCCUAUGCAUACUUCAGUUUUCUUCACCAGCAUGUCUCCUACUCAUCUCAAGAGUUUGGAUUGGGACAAACCUGAUGGGAUCAAAUGUGCUAAAGAAACAACACCCAUUCUGAACAAGACCAGAUCAUUGGAGGUUGGCUCAAACCACCAGCUUUUCAGGACUGCCGUGAACGUGACUCGAUCGAUGAUAGUACCGGUCUACUUCCUGAAUGUAACGACACCAUCCGAAUACCGGAAAGAUGCUCAUACCUCUAUAUACCAAGCUGUUGAUGGCAAGUUACUGUCCCCGGAGCAAAGAUUCGAUCCGUUGAAGUAUGCUGAUUGUGUACAUUGGUGUCUUCCAGGGUUGCCGGAUACAUGGAACGAGCUACUCUACGCACAUAUCAUAACUCGUUCUUGACAAUUAGAGAGAACAUUUGUUGAUUGUUUCUUACUGCAAUUAAUCAAUGUUUCUUACCAUAUGGUCAAUAUGUUGAUUGUUUUCAGCAUUGGAUUCAAAUCCCCUAUCAAUAUACUAUUUGUCCCGUCA